AUGGAUGAUUCACCUUCCUUGAAACCACGUCGUGCCUAUACCUUCGACAGUCAGCGACGGAACUCCACUCUCUCCGACUCGAUCUCAGAGGCCCGCAACUCGAUCCGCUCAUCGACCGACGACUUGUUUCUACCUCGCGUAGCGAAAGACCAUGCCACACUCUCAACUGAAGAAUCGAAUUGGCAUUCUGCACCGCUCGGGCUGGCUCUGUUGCCUGCAAUUGCCGGCAUUUUCUUCCACGAAGGUAGUUCCUUCGUCACCGACGUCACAUUACUAGUCUUGGCCGCUAUAUUCCUCAACUGGUCUGUCCGGUUGCCUUGGGACUGGUACCGCUCAGCUCAGGCCAUCCGACGAGAAGAGCAUGGAUUCCCAGCGCCCGACAAUCCCCAAUUCGACCCCGACGACCAAGAACCCCAAAACAAAGAAGCAGCAACCGCCAUCUCCGAGCUCCAAAUCCACGAACUCACCGCUCUAGCCGCCUGCUUCAUAUUCCCCAUAAUCGGCACCUGUCUCCUCCACGGCAUCCGCUCCAGCCUCUCCCGACCCUCAGAGGGCCUAGUAUCAAACUACAACCUAACAAUCUUCCUCCUAGCCUCCGAAGUCCGCCCAAUCGCUCACAUCCUAAGACUAAUCCAAAAACGCACUCUCCACCUCCAACGCAUCGUAUCAUCCUCAACAGAUCCAAUACCCCCAACAACCCUACAAGACCUAACAAAACGCCUCGAAGAACUCGAAACCCACGUCGCAGAAACAGCAACCGCCCGUCUCGCCACCCAAACAGAUAAAGACUCUUUUCCCCUCUCCCCAAAAGAACAAGAACAGACAUCCCCAACCCUAGUCGCCAGCGCAGCCCUCGAAACCCGCAAAGCUAUCCAGCCCGAUAUCGAAGCCCUGAACCGCGCAGUCCGGCGCUACGAGAAACGAUCCGCCCUCUUCUCUCUGCAGACUGAUCAGCGUUUCGCGCGUCUUGAGACACAGGCCGGUGACGCGAUUGCGCUCGCUGCUGCUGCGAAGCGGUCGGCUGAGGCCCGGCGUCCGAAUUAUGCGCUCGUUCUGCUGGGCUGGGCUUGCGCGUGCAUAGUUGUCCCUGCUCAGAUCGCGCUGUCGCUUGUUAGUUUGCCUGGGCGUGCGGUCUCGGGUUGUUGGGAUUCUGCGAGGCGUAUGCUGAUGGGGCGGAAGGUUGCGCCGCCGCAGAGGUCAAAGUCUAGGUCUGGGUUAAAGGGGAAGGCUGGUGCUGGCGCUGGCGCUGGCGCUGGCGCUGGGGCUGGAGCUGGAGCUGCGGGGGCUGGGUCGUCGGGUGGGUAUCGGCAGGGUGGUGGACUGGUCACGCAGCGGCGGUCUGGGGUCAGGGAUGGGGAUGGUACGGGAUGA